AUGCAACAAUCAUGUGUUAUUUUAUUAUUAUUCUACACCAUCUAUUUUGUUAAUGGUUACGGUUAUAGCUCGAACGGUCUAUAUUGUUCUUCAUUCAAAAGCAAAAUUUAUCAAGUAUCAAUCACAUUUCCUGAUUUAGACCCAUUUUAUGCUAUAUUUGAUUUUCAAGAUAAUUAUAAAGUUGUUGAAUAUGAUAAUAUAGGACAUGGUGGUAGUAAAGCUGAACUUGGAGUUGAUCUAACAUUAGAUACUCACGUAGGAUACUAUGCUUGCCAUGGUCGAGAAUUUGUUCAUGCAUCUAUUGCUGGUUGGAUAUAUAAAACUGCUGGUGUACCAGCAUUGGAAGACAAUGGUGCUCUUGCUGUUCAUAAUUAUAAAUUAUAUUUUUCCAGAGAUCGUGAAACAUGUACUGGCUCAAUGGAAUAUUCAUUUUAUAAAACUGGUUCAGAUCCAUUUGCAAGAAAAAAUAAACCAACAUUACAUACAGAAGGUGGUGUUGUUACUUGUAAAUUAUUGAAAUAUCGAUCCCCAGAACAUUACUCAUAA